AAUCAUCAUGAAGUUGAGCUUUCAAAACACAGUUUAUGAUUGGAGCAUUCACGCCGUGACGUCGCGAUUUCAGACUAUCGCCAAUGAGCAGGAAAGCUAACUACAGCGUAGGGUCCCACUUUCGCAAAAGAGGGGAAGGAGGAAGUGGGGAAGGAUGGGGCAGGGGUUGGCGACAGGAGCAGUAUGAGGAGGAGCCAAGCAGGACGGAGGAGUUUGGGCCCAGAGGAGGAGGAGGGAGAGGAAGGGGCCGAGGGCAGCAACAGGAGCAGUACCAGGAGGUGCAGAGCAGGACAAAGGAGUCCAGGCCCAGAGGAGGAGGACAAGAAGAAGGAGUAGGAGGAGGAGGACAAGGAAAGGGCUGGGGUUGGCGACAGGAGCAGUAUGAGGAGGAGCCAAGCAGGACGGAGGAGUCCAAGCCGAGAGGAGGAGGAGGUGGAGGAGGAGGAAGAGGUCGAGGUCGAGGGUGGCAGCAGGAGCAGAACCAGGAGCUGCAGAGCAGGACAGCAGAUUCCGAGCCCGGAGGAGGAGGAGGAGGAAAUGGCAGGGAGAGGCGACAGGAGCAGUUUGAGGAGGAGCAGAACAGGACAGAGGAGUCCAGGCCCAGAGGAGGAGGAGGAGGAGGAGGAGGAGGACAAGGAAAUGGCAGGGGGUGGCGACAGGAGCAGUAUGAGGAGGAGCAGAACAGGACAGAGGAGUCCAGGCCCAGAGGAGGAGGAGGAGUAGGAGGAGGAGGACAAGGAAAGACCAGGGGUUGGCAACAGGAGCAGUAUGAGGAGGAGCCAAGCAGGACGGAGGAGUCCAAGCCGAGAGGAGGAGGUGGAGGAGGAGGAAGGGGUCGGGGGUGGCAACAGGAGCAGAACCAGGAGGUGCAGAGCAGGACCGCCGAUUUCGAACCUAGAGGAGGAGGACAAGGAAAUGGCAGGGAGAGGCGACAGGAGCAGUUUGAGGAGGAGCAGAACAGGACAGAGGAGUCCAGGCCCAGAGGAAGAGGAGGAAGAGGAGGAGGUGGAGUAGGAAUGGGCUGGGGGUGGCAACAGGAGCAGUACCAGGAGGUGCAGAGCAGGAAGGAGGAGUCAGGCCCCAGAGGAGGAGGGAGAGGUGGAGAAGGUGGAGGAGGAAGGGCCAGGGAGUGGCAGCAGGAGCACUACAAGGAGGAACUGAGCAGAACAGAUGUUUUCAGGCCCAGAGGAGGAGGAGGAGGAGGAGAAAGGGGCAGGGGCAGGGAAUGGCGACAGGAGCUGUAUGAGGAGGAGCAGAACAGGACAGAGGAGUCCAGGCCUGGAGGAGGAAGGAGAGGAGGAGGAAGAGGGAGGAGAGGUGGAGGAGGUAGACGAGGUAGGGGAAAGGAGUGGCGACAAGAACAAUAUGAGGAGGUGCAGAGCAGGGUGGAGGAGUCCAGGCCCAAAGGAGGAGGAGGAGGUGGAGAAGGAAGGGGCCAGGGUUGGCAACAGGAACAGUACCAGGAGGUCCAAAUCAAGACGGAGGAGUCGGGGCCUAAGGGCACCUGCCUGACGAUGUGCCCCCUGCGGGAGGUGCGGGAGAGGGAGGCGCAGCGGCUGCUGCACCGGUUCGAGGUCCUCCCCGGGACAGAGCGCGACCGGCUGCCCAAGGCCGACCCGUCCCGCGUGGUGAAGGAGUACUCUCGCCCCGCGGCGGGGAAGGACUGCACGCGGCCCGCCGACCUCCGACCCCCGCCCGUCCUGCUGAAGACCGUGUGCUUCCUCAUCGACGACAUCGCCGCCGACCCCGCACUGGAGCCCUGGACUGAGGUGUACGACUUCGUGUUCGACCGGCUGCGCUGCGUACGGCAGGACAUGGUCAUCCAGAGGGUCUCGGGGCCGGACGCCGCGGCCGUGCUGGAGCGCAUCGUGCGCCUCCUCCUCUACGCCUCCUACCGCCUGUGCGAGGAGCCGCUGCAGCUCUACGACCCGCGCAUCAACGACACCCACCUGCAGGAGAGCCUGAGCUGGCUGCUGGACUGCUACGCCGGCGGGGAGCACCAGCACCAGCGCCAGGAGGAGUUCCAGGCCCUCAGCCUGCUCUACAACCUGGGUUCGCCCCGCGCUCUCCAGCGGGUCCUGGAGCUCCCGGAGCGCGUGCGGUGCUCCCCGGCGGUCCGGCAGGCCCUGGCGCUGAACCGGGCCCACCUGGAGCGGAACCCGGUGCGGGCGCUGCGGCUGGCCCGGCGGCUGGGCUUCCUGCAGAGCUGCGCGGUAUACCGCCACCUGGCCGCCGCCCGCCGCGACCUGCUCCUCCUCUACAGCCACGGCCUCAGCAGCCGCAACUGCCGCUACCCCCUGCAGCGCCUCGCCCUCCUGCUGGCCCUGGAGCCCGGCCCCGCCGCCCGGCUCUGCGCCGCCCACGGGGUGCCGGUGGACGGGGACUGGGUGGUGUUCUCCAGGGCCGCGUACGCGGAGCCGGCCCCCGGGGCCCUGCGCACCGCCCGGGCCCCCGAGCUGGUGGACAGGAAGCGGGGUGACGCCACUCUCAGCGCGGUCAUACACGGCUGUGCCUGAGGCCCCGGACGGACCCCGCCUGGCCUGGCCCCGCUUUGUGGGAGCACGCGCUGCCUCUCUGCCGUUCUCAGGGACGCGCUGCUAUAGCAGCUGUAAUCACGGCAUUUUGACAUUAUUAUGGCUCGACCCAGAGGCGGAGGGUUUGGGUGUGUCAUAAUGACGCACUCGGAUUUUGCCUUUGAUAGCUAAUAGCUGCGGCCUGUUCUACCAAGCGGGAUUACUGAGUUAGCCGGAUAACUGCGCUGAGUAAAACCCCCCCAAAGCUCUUUUUAUUGCAGUCCAUGUUCCAGAUUUAGAGCGGGUCCAGGUUUUAUCUGGGGACUUAUCCAGCUAACUCAGUUAUCCUGCUUUGUGGAACAGACUUUUGGUGUGAUUGUAAAGCCUGUGGAGGGGAUCACAUCCCUUGUUUCUUGAAGUUGAAUAAAAUAAAGUUAUGUAUUGUUUUAA